AUGGAGACCCAACGUCGCUACAACGUAGAGCGAUCCUGCCUACGCUGCCACGAGCGCAAACUAAAAUGCGACAAAUCAACCCCUUGCAGCAGAUGCAUACGCCAAAAUACAACAUGCCAAUACCCCGGCCCGAGCCGAGUGAAGCGCCAGACUCCGAAAAAGAGUAUGACGGAUGUUGCAGCGCGGCUGGAACAGCUGGAGCGGUCCAUCGCUGCGAUGGUCAACGACCGACCAUGCGCCUCGACGGACCACGACUUGAAUGUGAAACCCGACUUGACGGUUGGUGCUGGUAAAGAUGGAUUAAGUACAGUGUCAAGGACGAGUACAGCUACAUUGCCGCAAAACGGCAAGGCAGAUGUCCAAACGGCCAAACCAAGACCUCCAGACCAGGGCUUCCUGUCGAAAGACGGCCGCUAUAUCAAUGAGCCCCUCCUCUCGAGAGUCCUUGAUAAAGAGAAGGAUCUUCAAUCGGCAAUCGGCUCGCCAAGCGAGCACAGCAGUCCGCGUCGUCCACCGGUUCUACGCGCAGAAGGCCUGAUAGCGAAUCCGCUCUUGACGCAAGUUGAUUUGAAAGAAUUGUAUCCGAGUCGGUGGCAGGCGACGCUGCUAUGGCAGGCUUUCCUGAGCCAAGUUGAGCCGUUGGUGAAAGUGCUGCAUAUACCGUCGACGCAGUCGCGCAUCUUUGCUGCUAUUAACCGGCCGGAGAGUGUGCAGUCCGAUGUGCGGGCGCUGCUUUUUGCUAUUUAUUUUGCUGCUACUACUGCUUUUAUCUCGGAUGAUACGCAGAAUGAGAGUUUACAUGUCGAUCUUAGGAGGUAUCAGCAGGGUAUCGAGAUUUCGUUGUAUCAGGCUGAAUUUUUGGAUGCGCCUACUAUCACUUCGUUGCAAGCUAUGGUUAUUUACCAGACUUGCUUUCGCUAUAGUAAUAGUGGCCGCUCUGGUUGGACGUUACAGGGUAUGACCAUCCGAGCAGCGCAGUCUAUUGGUCUACAGCGCGACGGCAAACACUUCAAGCUACCUCAACUGGAAUGUGAGCUGCGCCGACGACUCUGGUGGCAGAUACAGUCCGCAGAUGAGCGCGUAGCAGAAGACCAUGGCCUGAGCGUUCCCGACAAUGACCACGGCGACACGGAAAUGCCCCUGAACAUCGAUGAUGGAGCCCUCUCCGGACUGGAUGAUCCCCCAGUCGAAUCCCAAGCCCGGUGGACGGAGAUGACCUAUUCCCUCGUUAUAGUGGACAUCAACAAAGGACGCAGAAUGCUGUUGCGCACCCUGGACGGAUCGACAGAUCCAACUCCAGCACUCGAAGAAUUCAGAAGAGAGAUCCACAUGAAAUAUCUCAGACAUGCCGAUCCCGAUAUCCCAAUCCAACGCUUCGGCCUCCUCCUAGGCCAACUCCUCCUCGCCAAAGCAGAAGUCUGCAUUCGACAGCGGAUAAUCCACUCCCAAGGUCCAACAUCUACAUCACUAGACCGUGGUAUCUCCCAAGGAUCCCUAGAUCUAGCCUGCCACGCCAUCGAACUAGGUCUAGAAAUUCACACCGACGAACUCCUCCGCGGCUUCAGAUGGCUAACCACAACAUUCACCGGAUACCACCCGUUGACAUACGUCCUAUGGACACUAUGCGUAUGUCCGACCGGAGCACACGUCGAUCGGGCAUGGCGUGUAGUCAACAAGCUCUUCGAGAUCACCGAGGAUCCACACGUUCCCGACCCCGGGGCUAAAUGGCCUAUGAUCGUGCAGUUGAGGGAAAAGGCAUUGCGCGUCAGACAGGCCCAUGAGGCUUUCCAGUCUAGUCAGGGUGUGGUGGAGGAUACGGCUGUUUACGGAGAUGGUGUUAAUGGUGCUAUGCGUUUGGAUGGUGGAUUCGAUAUGAAUGCUUGGGAUCCGAGCUUCAUUGAGAAUUCCGAUUGGCAAUAUUUGACGCAGAGUCUUGCUAUGCUUAAUGGGGAAGUUUGA